GGCAACAGUACAGGAAGUGGCGCGCAGUUGUUGAGAACUGACACACAACUGGUUGAAAGAGAUUUUUAAAUUGGUCAGCAACCUCAUUGCUAAAGUCUUAGAGCUAUAAGUAUCCUUAAGCGUUGCCCUUAUAACUGUCUGCGGUUUCAUGUCCUGUAAACAUGUCGUUUGUGAGAGUAGGGCGUCCACGGCAGCUCCCCAAAUCAAAGAGGCCUGUUUGCACCAAGAAGGCAGUUGCUCCAAAAAGAGAGUGGGUGAGCACUGUCACUGACCUGUCUGUGCACAAGCUGACACCUGCGGAGCUGAGUCGCCGGCAUGAGAUUCAUAAGUCCCACAACAAGGCUGCUGCUCAGUGGGAGCUGCGAGAGAAAGCUCUGAGAUGCCGUUUGAGAUGUGCUGGAAGUCCAGCACCUCUGGAUCAGGCCAGCCUCAACAUCAUCAGAGAGGUUUUCUCUGAUCAGCUGCUGCUGCAGGAUGUGCUGGCUCGUUCUGACAAAGCCAUGGCUGUAGUCAAGGACCUGUUUGGAGAUGCCCCACGCAGACAGACUGGGCAUCCCAGUGUGACCAUGGCGCCUAACUGUGACUCUGACUCAGAACUGCCUGUUCUUCAGAGACCAGAUCCUCCUACUCAGCUGUCACUGCUCAGUCAGUCUAUGAUGGAUAAACAGGCUCUUAAUGAAUUGGAAGCUUCGGAGGAAGACCUCAGUGAUGAAUAUAUCCAUCCUCAUGGCAAUUCAGGGUACCAUGUAAUUCGAAGGGACAACAUACGAAGAAGGAAGGUAAAGUCUCGGGGUGGAAUGAAAGCCCACCAUGCCAACAGUGAUGAGGCAGACAGAGAUAAUGUUCAUGUUACUCCCUGCACAUCUGGCAGAGCACCAGACCGAACAGCUCUGAAUGCCACAGUGGCUGUUCAGCGUAUUCAGUCCAAGCAGAACCAGUCAGAAGAAGCCAAGGAGGAACAUUCAGCCCUGGUUUCUCAAGUCCUGACCCCCGAUGUGUCUCUCAACCAGUCAGGAAGGAUUCACAGUUGCACCAACAGGACCAGGAACUGUGUUUCUCAGGGUUCACAGCUUGAUGGCUCCUCUGUUGCCUCUCUCAGUGGGAACCAGUCUAGUCUUGGCCAGCUGCAGGCCUUGUUGGGUCAGGUGGAGGCAGACUUGGACACUCUGAGUCCUGAUACAGCACCAGGGUCAGCCCAGAGUCCAGAACAACACAGAACACAAGGCCUCACUGGAUUCUCUGUCGCCUUGGUCUCUACACUUGGACGUUUAGUGCAUGUCCUCAAACAGAGGGAGGAGGAAGCUCAGAAAAGGGCUCAGGAGAAGAGACAACUGGAGGAGGAGCUGAGAGAGCAUCGAGGGCUGAUAGACGCUCUCACCACUGAGACCAUGAUUCUGAGAGAAGAGGCUGCCACACUGCAGGCAGUGCUGCAGCAGCAGAUAGCAGAGCUGGAGCAGAAGUUGGACACAGUAGUGCUGGCAUUAGGGGGAUUUGGACUAUUGGAGGGACAUACUGACACACCCCAAGACUCUGAUGUCGAAGCUGCAGUUUGUCAGUCCGCCCCUGUUCCUGAGCAGACACGAGCUACUGUCUCUCCUGCCGUCCUGCUUUCCCCGCCUCAACAGAGAGACAACUGGCAACAUAUUCUUGUGGCUGAUCCUGUACCACUGCAUCAGAAGCAUUCUCCUGUGGAUAACUGUCGUUCCUACAAGAACUUCAAGUGUCAUAGCUCAACUUCGAGCCUCACCAGCCUGGCUCUCACCAGACUGCCCUCCACUUCCUCAUUAUCACUGAGCUCUGAUCCUCUCAGCUCACAGAACCCCCCAGAAGCCAUCCUGGCUGAGAUCGCUCAGCUGAGCCGACAGAACGACUCGAUCAGGGCCCAGCUCAGCCAGGUUAAGGUCCUGGGGUCAGGGGCUGAGGGAUCACCUAAUGGUGGCAGUGAGCAGAGAAGUUUGAGCUCCUGCAGCACAGGCAGAAUCACACCUCAAAGUGAUGGAGAGAGAAAACUGACUUGUCAGGUGACAUCUCCUAACACCCUCAAUGUGAGCAUCUUGGAGCAGCACCUCCUUGAGCUGAAUAGGCAGAAUGCAGCUGCUAGGGUGAAAUUGCUGGAGCUUAUUGAACAACAGAAGCAAAGUGUUAUGUCUAAAGUUCCUCCCUCUGCCUCCCCCAUCUCCCAGUCUGCCUCAGCCGCACAUGCAGCAGUGGGAGGAGGAAGUCCAGAGGUGUCCAUGCUGCUGCCUUCACAGACUGAUGCUGGUGAAAGACGAUGUGCUGAUUUUCAAGUGCCUUCUUCCAGUUUUGGAGAAAUUUGUGAUGGAAAAACACAGAUGGAGAAGCAGAGAGAGCAAGAAGGAUGGUUUGCUUUGUCUGCACAUAUGAGAUCAAAGAAGAGUAAUAAUUGACCCUGAGGACAUUUUACUAAAACCCUUAUUUUAGAAUUUCUAUCAUUUUUUUUUUAUUAAUUUUUUUUGUAUUACAUAAUAAAAUGUAUAGAAUUUUACAAUUUUAAUAAACUGUUAUCACAGAU